CGCCGCCACCGCCGCCGCAAGAAUCAGCAAAACCAACGAGCAACCAGAGCAGAAGACGCUGCGGCGCCCGUGUCAGCCGGUCACCGCAACGUCAAUGGAGCGAGCUGUGCGGGAGCUGUGGUCCGAGUCCCGCGACCUGCUGGGACUCCACUCCUCGUCCCCGGACGGCGGCGAUGCCUCCGCUGUGCCGCGCGCCGACCUGCCCCCGACGCCGCUCGCCUUCCUCCGCGACCACGUCUCCCCGGGCCGCCCGCUCCUCGUCUCCGCCGCCGCCACGCGCCACUGGCGCGCCACCUCGCUCUGGCCCAACAACUCCUACCUCCCCGACGCGCUGCGCUCCACCGCCGUCUCUCUGCACCUCACCCCCGAUGGCCGCGCCGAUGCGCUCGCCCCGCACCCGCACCCGCACCCGAGGCGUCCCGGCUCCUCCAGGUGCUUCGCUUCCGCGCACGUCCGCCGCGUCGACUUCCCCACCGCCGUGCGGCUCAUAAGGGAAUCCGACCCGGCCGCCGGCCUGGUCGCGUACGCGCAGCAGCAGGACGACUGCCUGCGCGGAGAGUACGCGGCGGUGGCUGGCGACGUGGACGCGCACGUGCCCUGGGCCAGCGAGGCGCUCGGCUGCCUCCCCGAGGCCGUCAACCUCUGGAUCGGCAACUCCCACUCCGUCACCUCCUUCCACAAGGAUCACUAUGACAACAUCUACGUCGUCGUCUCCGGCGAGAAGCACUUCCUCCUGCUGCCCCCCACCGAGCACCACCGCCUCUACGUCCGCGAUUACCCCGCCGCCCGCUACGUCUCCGCAGAGCAGGAAGCAGAGGGGAAGCUUCUGAAGCUUAAGCUGGAGAUGGAAGAGCCCGAGAGAAUGGUGCCGUGGAGCAGCGUGGACCCGUACCCGGCGUCGCCAGGGGAGAUGGCCGCACAGGCGUCGUCGUUCCCGCUCUACUUCGAUGGCCCAGCGCCGAUACGGUGCACGGUCCGGGCCGGCGAGAUGCUCUACCUGCCGAGCAUGUGGUUCCACCAUGUCAGUCAGAGCCCAGGCCCGAACGGGCUCACCAUUGCCGUGAACUACUGGUAUGACAUGCAGUUUGACAUCAAGUAUGCCUACUUCAACUUCUUGAGGUCGUUGGAGAUCGACGAUUGUUCAUCAGACAAAAAUGGUGCUUUGGAAGGUGAUCUUGAGGAGGAGAAAGAUUGAGGUGACGAACUGUGAUUGCUAUUACACCUGGUUUCUGGAUUCUGAUGAACACCAUGGAGCCAAUAUAUGCAGUGCUGGGCUCAGUUCCUUGUGGCCAUCACCUGACAGUUCUUCAAGCUUCAGAAAUAGUUGCUGGCGCACAGGAAAAUUGAUAACUGGCUAUGUAUGUUAUACAACAUCUGCAGUGCCAUCUUGUCUGAUUUGAUUUUAUUGCAAAUAGAACAUUUUGAUGGCACAUUGUCAAAGUUUUGACUGGUGUAUUCACAAAAGGGCGGAUGAAUUGAUUUCUGCCCAUGUUUCUUCUUUCUGUUCCAGUGGUGAUUCUUACAUUCUGCUGGUCUAGAAAUGGUAUCCAAUGCAAAUAAUGCAUGAUCAGAGGCAGAUAGAGAAUGACCAUCAUAGAUCUCUUCAGUAUAUUUUGUAUCUUAGUGUUAGUGUUAGUAUAUGACAUCGAAAACUCGUUGCCAGUUCUGCACUUAACGUAUAUUUUGUAUCCUAGUCCGUUUAUUUACGGCAACAUUGUGUUAACUACUUCGCUAACUUAAGUCU